AUCACCUUCAGCCAAGCAGCAGCUGGUCCAGAGCUUAAAAGCAGGAGAGGUGAGAGAAGAGGAGAAAAAGGAGCUGAGAAAAGUGACUGGAAUGAUAAGAUGAGAAGCAGGCAUGUGCUGCUGAAUCUCUCCCAUCAUGAGGCCCUGCUUGAACUUCUUCUGGUGCUCUUGCUGGGGUUGCGUGUCCUUGCCGUGUGCCCUGAUGUGUGCACCUGCAGCCAUAGCCACCGGGAGGUAGACUGCUCCUGGAGGGGUUUGAGACUGUUACCCAACGGCUUACAGCACAACAUUCACUCCCUCAACUUGUCCCACAAUCGUUUCCACAACCUGGAUGGCCAGCUCACGACAUAUACCCAUCUACGCUUCCUUGAUCUGUCCCACAACCGCCUGAGUCACCUCCCAACUGGCUUGCCGCGAUCGCUCUGGAACCUCUAUGCCUCCUUCAACCGAUUCCAGCUGCUGGACAAGAAUGACACAGUCUACCAGUGGAAUCUGCGAAUGCUUGACCUCUCUAACAACAAGCUAGAGCGGGCGAUCUUCAUCAAUAACACCCUGAUCAAUCUGUGCAUGCUAAACCUCAGCCGCAAUCACUUCCGGACUUUACCCACUAACAUGCCUGCACAAGUUGAGACCAUAGACCUGUCCCACAACUUACUUGUUAAGGUGCUGCCGGGAUCUCUAGACCGGCUAACCAAGCUAACUCACUUUUAUCUGCAUGCCAACUGCUUUUCCUCACUGCCGUUUGGAGUGUUUGACAAUCUGGAGUCACUAAAAGUCAUCAACCUUGGCGACAACCCUUGGGACUGUCACCUUCAUGCCGACAUUGCCUACCUACUCUACUGGUCACAGCGCACCCCUGCAAGGAUCCUGGGCUGCCCCUGCCAUACCCAGCCUGUCUGUGGAGGGGUGCGCCCUAGUAAGACUGGAGGGUGGCAUUUUGCUUCCUAUAACCUGCCCCCUCUUGCAGCAGGUGCUCAGGACCAAAACUCCAUGCCUCCAGAAGCCAGCGUCACUGGUUGGUGGUACAUGUCGGUUUCGUCUCUGCUAAGCACCCCUAACACCCCUAGGGAAACUUCAAACACACAACACAGCACCUUUAGAAUCACACCCAUUAGCUUCUCCACCCUAGCACCCAGAAGAACAGGCACACACCAAACUAUUAAUCACCUUUCUAUUGCAGAGCACAUGCUUCACAUCGAUUCACAUUUCAAUCAUCGCACAAAGGAGGCCUCAACUGUUGAUUUCCUCCACACCACAGACACCAACAUCAUUAGUGCAACACCUACAAGAGAUGACAUGACACCGACGACAGACAGUUUCCUAACAACAGAGAGCCCCACCACACAAACAAAGAAAACAACCACGCUCCGCACCAGGAGUGUGAGGAGGCACAAUCAGUCCAUUCCUCGUGGCAUCAACAACAGCAGCCUGGCUCAUGCUACUUGCUCCUUGGUGACUUUCCUGCACAACCUGGGGCUUCUGUUUCUGUUUCUGCAAGAAGUCCUAUGA